AUGAAGGCUGUACUUUGGCUUUACUGUGUUUUGUGUUUUGUUUCCUACUGCAGUGCAGUGCCCCAAAUAUGGAGUCUGAAUUCAGAUUCAUUGACUGAAAAUCUACCAUCAUCAGAUGCCUCCAUUGAAAUACCAUGGCUGGCAUCUAUGCCUGAAAAUUGUCAGGGUAUUGUCCUGACUCCAUGGCUGAUUCUUUCUACAGCCAACUGUCUGAAGAAAUCGAAACUGUCACACCUGGAUAUUUCAGGAGUGAAUGACCCAGAAAGCAUCCCACAUGGCCAAAAAAUCUGUCUCCAUCCAAAGUUUGAUCCUCAGGAUGAAAACGACCCACUAAAAGCAGAUAUUGGCCUGGUCAUUCUGGAAGAGCCUCUCUAUGGGGAUGAAAUACCACUGUCUCAGUCCCCUAAUAUAUCCCUGAAGGGCUGUUCAAAGUGCCAAUACAGAAACUGUGACGUGUAUCAAUACCAAAGUAGCAAGAAGCUUGGAACCACCAGAGUAAAGAAGAUAGCUGUGCAGCUUCUGGACUUCUCAACAUGUCACCAUCAGCAUUCAUAUCUAGAGAAGAGUGAGGGCAUGUGCAUUCAGAGUCAACCACGGGAAGAUUGCUGGAUACAAAGAGCCAGUCCUGUUCUAUGUUUCCUAAAGAACCACUGGGAACUCAUGGGCCUCGUACAUAAGACAUCAAGGAUAUGUCAAAAUCCCACAGUCAUCGUUAGAACAGCUCAUUACUUUGCCUGGAUAAAACGAUUCAUCAAGACAAUAAUCCUGAUAAAUCUUUUGAUAAAAUCAUGGCAGAUGUAA